AGCAGCAGUAGCAUCAGCAGCAGCAACAACGCGCUCCGAUCAUGCCUGCGCCUUCGCUGCCCCAGUUCAACCCCGCGCGCAUACGCUCCUACAUCCUGCGCCUGCCCUUUUGCACAAAGGUCGUCGUCGCCGCCAUUGUCGGAUUAUGGAUCGCUACCAUUCCAUUUCCCUGGAUUCGGGACGUUGGGCGCUUGGAACCUGCCAAGAUGGAUUUUACGCAGAUGCACCGGCUUAACCUGUUUCCUGUCUUACACUGGAACUUCAUCCAUAUGAUCUUCAACCUCUUCGCAGUCACGCCACUGAUUGAGCGCUUCGAGUCGGAAUACGGAACACUUGUUACAUUGGCACUGUUCACUGGGCCUUUUGGAACCAUACCCGGAGGCGUAUACACAUUGUUGGAGAAGUUCGUUCUGAGAAGCAACACCGCCGUCAUGGGUGCGAGUGUAUGGGUAUUCCUCCUCCUUUCAGCCGAAGUAAUGAAGACACAAAAGACAAAUCCCUUCUUCAGUGUCGGACCUUACAAGAUCCCCACCUGGACAACCCCCCUCAUCCUCAUCGUCAUAACCAGCAUCCUCGUCCCCUACGUCAGCCUAGUCGGCCACCUCUGCGGCGCAGGCCUCGGCUACCUCUGGGCAACCGGCUACAUCAAAUUCCUCGUUCCGCACGAGAAGAUCCUCCGGUGGAUCGAAACAAAACUCAACUUAUUAGGACGACUCCCGCAUUAUGUCAGUGUAGAUCAAAAGACAUAUGGCAGGUACGGUGUCCUCCCUACAACAGGCAUCCCCUUGGGACCCAGGAGUCCAGACGUGGGACAACGUCUCGGUCCGUAAUUCUACUAUGGGUCAAAGUAUACGUUCUGAGUCUGGACCCGGAACUAGACCAGCCAAUUCAUUGGCGUUUUUCUUUCUUUGUUGCAUCAAGUAUGGAGCUUUUUUAAUAUCGCAGAGUGGCGUAAAAAAAGACCGUUUCUUGCAAGCACAACACGUUAACUGUGUCUGAUCUGGCUUUUUUUUCUUUUGCAUACAGUUAUGUAGUCAAUGUGCUAUGAUAUAAUU